AUGUCGGCGUGGUUGCAGGGUGAGAUCGCCGCUACUACAACUGAGCUAAACCGUUACUUAAGAUCAAGCUGGAGAGCCGUCGACACCAUGAGCGGCGAGAUUGAUGCCCUCUACAUAUACGACGAGCAGAACCAGCCUCUGGUCGAACAGGUCUAUCGCUCUCGUCCGCCCUCCGCGGCGACCAUCCGGUCUCUCUAUUUCGCUCAUCCUGCGCCGCGCCCGUCGCUGAUAUAUUUUCCAAAUACGUCACCGCCGGUGACGGUUCUCUCCAUAGUCGAAUCAAAUCUGCAUUUUCUGGCGCUCUCGGAGGCCGACACCGAGCCCCUCCUCGCCCUCGAGUUCCUGCAUCGCGUUGUCGAUGUUCUUGAGGAGUUCAUCGGAGCGCCUUUGAUUUCGACGAAAAUACAAGCAAACUACGAUGUGGUGGCUCAAUUACUCCAUGAAAUGUGCGAUGCUGGCAUCGUGUGCAAUACCGAGUUAAAUGCCUUGCAGGAGGUUGUGGAGAUGCCGGGAUGGAUGGGGAAACUGUUGGGCAAUGUUGCCUUGCCUGGAUCAUCAACACCGAUCUUAGGGCAGCCCGGGCUUAAGCGGCAAUCAUUAACGUCCGCCAAUGCAGCUCUUGGACCGGCCAUCCCCUGGAGGCGACCCGGCGUCCGGCAUACUUCAAACGAGCUUUAUGUUGAUAUAGUGGAGUCGCUCACCGUUACAAUGGCCCCAUCGGGACGCCUGCUGUCUGCUUUGGUAUCAGGAACAAUCGCUUUCACGGCCAAAGUAUCCGGUGUCCCGGAAUUGGUAUUAUCUCUCACGGCGCCCGGAGGUCAACAUGCUAUUGCGCGUAAGAUGGAACUGCCUGUGUUUCAUCCAUGUGUCAGGCUUGCAAAGUGGCGCGAGCAGCCGGGUGAAAUGAGGUUCGUUCCUCCUGAUGGACGAUUUAUCCUCGCUGGAUAUGAAGUGGACUUGCUGCCGCUCGACCCUAGUCUCGAUCACCCUCCAAACCACAUGGAGAAGCUUUUUAUCCCCACCAUUGUUGACAUACGAAAGUCGCUUGGUCCUCUGGGCGCUGAUUUCGAGGUGCGGUUGACGCUCAACGCAGACUUUCCCGGGUACCCGUCUGGAAAUCGAGCUGGAGCAGGCCGGGGAGGAUCUGGGACCUCCACUCCGUCUUUUCUUGGCGGAAACAGCAGUAAUCCUGGUCCGCUUCUGGAGGAUGUAGUGGUGACAGUGCCAAUCCCUCAGUCUGUACGAAAUAUCUCAGACAUGAAAGCCAGCCGCGGUGAGGCUUUCUUCAACCCCGGACGGGGUGUGCUAGAAUGGAAAGUCCCAACUAAGGAUUCGGGGAGCAUAUCCGGAACCGCUACCCUUCGCUGCACGGCUAUCGGUCAUAGUGCUGACGACCUCGAAGAAGAUGAUGCCGAGGCCGAUGCAGAGGCUACUCUAUUACAAGGCUACUACGACGAUUCCGCGGCAGUAUCUUACCAGCAAAAUUCCGGACCAGACCUUCUAAAGGCAAAGCCGAAGAAGAAAAAGAAGAAGGUGAAGAAAGUGAAGAAAUCUGCAUCAUCUCGCCGUGGCGCGUCAGUAUCUACGCCUGAUAUUGACGCCAGCCCCGAAGGCGAGACACCCGCCUCAGACCUGACCUCCGACCAACAACCACAACCUUCAUCUUCUCAACCACCAUCACAUCCUGGAACCCCUUCUCUACCGACCCCUCAACCCUCAUCCACCCCACCGCCACCACGUCCCGAAUCACCUUUCUCCAUAUUUCACACAGCGCCGCGCAAAACCCGAACACAGAUCAAUUCUAGCCUUAUGCCGAAUUCAGCCUCUGUAUCAUUCUCUGUACGAGGCUGGCUCCCCUCCGGCAUAAAGGUUGAGAGCCUUACCAUCGACCCGCGCCGAAGCCGUGGCCUCGGCGAGGGCGUGAAGCCAUACAAGGGAGUGAAAUAUAUAUGUGUUAGUCGGAAAGGCAUAGAAAGGAGAUGUUAA